AUGGCGAUAAGCAGCGACAAGGUACCUGCCAACGGCACAGGUAUAUCCACUGCCGGUGUAAACGGCCACUUCAACAAUGCAGAGACAAAUAGCAGUUCCGAACCCACGGUCAACAGCGGCCUUCAGGAGAUAAUUCUCAUCGAUGAGUUACCCCGAGAAACCUGGCCCAUGGCGGCUGCAAUCCGCCCGAAUGGCAAUAUGCUUCUCCCCCGCCUCAAUGGCACAGAACUGUACAACACUCAACAUCCCAAGACUCACAGCAAUGCCUGUCUCAGCUCAGAACCCAAGCUCGUCCACUCGUUCCCUGACGCUACCUCAGUCUUCAACAUUUGCCGGUUAAAGGGCACCAGGCGUGAGGAAUAUGCCGUUCUCACAGCGAUUGUCGAUCUAGAGACGCCGGAAGUAUACAACACUGCGGUUUGGCGAGUAGUUCUUUCCGCUGGAGAUGCCACGGAGGAAAUUAAGCCUGAGGUCACGAAGAUCGCCGAUAUACCAGAGGCUCAGCUCUGCAUCGGGAUGACUUCCGCACCAGAUCACACCCUUCUAGUUGCCGAUUCUGGUGCGGGCUGUAUUUACCGCAUCGAUGUGGAAUCAGGGACCUUGUCUAUCUUUCACCGGGACGAGUCGAUGCGACCCGCGACCAGGAAAGAUGCCCUUGGCAUUAGCCGCAUACGGGUCCUUGGAAACUACUUGUUCUAUACCAACACAAGCAGAGGGACGUUUUGCCGCCUCCCUGUCCGGUGGACUGAGGAUGGCCAAGAUCUGCAGCCCGCUGGCGCCUGUCAGACUAUGGCAAGGGGCCUUGCAAAUGCCGACGGAAUGGCAAUCACUCGAGAUGGUUCCACUGCCUACAUCGGUAGUUAUAUUAGUGGGACACUCUGGAAGGUGGAUAUAGACUUUGAAACAGGAAGUGGUAUCGUCCAUAUCCUUCGAGAGCGGAUACCAGACCCUACAGGCUUGGAGCUGGUAUACGCAGAACAGAACCAGGAACCCACGCUCUUCGUGGUAUGUUGCGGCUGCUUGGGACAGGAAUGGAGAGACAGAAUUGGCAGCAAGUGGCUUAAUAUGCUCCAUGUGGACAGAUCUAUCAAGGUGACGGUGGAGAUCUUUAUCACGUACGAGCCCAAUCCCGACUACAUACGUGCAGGGUGCGAGAACUAG